AUGACAAGCACAACUACUCGCAAACCUAUAAGGGUAUGGGUUGAUGGAUGCUUUGAUAUGAUGCAUUACGGCCAUGCUAAUGCUUUACGUCAGGCAAAAGCUAUGGGUGAUUUUUUAGUUGUAGGCGUUCAUUCCGAUGCUGAGAUUGAAAAAAAUAAAGGUCCCACUGUAAUGAAAGAAGAGGAAAGAUAUGCGGCAGUUGCAGCAUGCAAAUGGGUAGAUUUAGUAGUCGAGGAUGCUCCAUAUUUUACAAGUCUUGAACUUUUAGAUAAAUAUGAAUGUGAUUUUUGUGUGCACGGGGAUGACAUUACAACUUUGGCGGAUGGUACAGACUGUUAUCAAGCAGUAAAAGAUGCUGGUCGAUAUCGAGAAUGUAAACGUACGCAAGGAGUAUCUACCACCGAACUAGUUGGUCGUAUGCUGCUAAUGACACGUGACCAUCAUCAUCGAAGACACUCUUCAUCGUCUACUUCAGCACUAGCUUCAAUUAGCACUGAGGAUCUGACCACCUUUACUAGUAGUCCAUCAAGACAUUCUAAUCGACAAGAGACCAAAGUAUCGCAUUUCUUGCCCACUUCUCGAAGAAUUGUACAGUUCUCAGAAGGUAAAGAACCGAAUCCAGGUGAUAAAGUUGUUUACGUAGAUGGUACUUUUGAUUUGUUUCAUAUUGGUCAUAUUGAGUUUUUGAGGCGAGCUAAAGCGUUGGGUGACUAUCUUCUUGUGGGCGUUCAUGAUGAUCAGACAGUUAAUGCUAUAAAAGGAGUAAAUUAUCCAUUGAUGAAUCUUCAUGAACGAGUUUUGGGUGUACUCGCAUGUAAGUUCGUUGAUGAAGUCAUAAUUGGAGCUCCAUAUAGCGUCGACGAAAAUGUUCUAUCUAAAGUAUACGAAGUAGAUAUUGUCGCACAUGGUAAUACUCCUUCGCUACCUGAUUUGGAUGGUAAAGAUCCGUAUGAGCUCCCAAAAAAGAAAGGAAUUUAUCAGGAGAUAAUAAAUCCUUCAGCGAAUAUCACCACAGCGGGAAUUAUCGAACGUAUUAUUGAACAUCGUAAACUGUAUGAAGAACGUCAGAGACGCAAAAAUGAGAAAGCUGCGCUGGAAGCCCAGAUGGAGGCGGCAUCUAUCUCUUGA